AUGUCGUUCUUCUCGAAGCUCCAGUCGAGCAUCAAAAAGGGAGACGUAUCCCAGGCCAACAGCUCGGACGAGGAAAUCUCCGACACGGUGUCGGCCCAUAAUCUGCAUGUCGAAGUGGUGACUUUGAAGGACUACAAAAAAGCGGCAAAGACUUUGCAAAUCGCAUUCAAGGACGACCUGUAUGUCAACUAUCUCACGAGUGGUAUUACCGACGCGCGCCUGAAACGACAGAUGAACAUGGCCCUGUUUGAGGCCACGGUUUACUCGACGAUUCUCAAGGGACUGGUGGUCGCUGUGCGAGAUUCGGAGCUGGAGCAGAAGAUGCCCGAUGCUCCGUUUUUGGCUGUCGCGUGCUUUGAGAAACCGCAGAAGGCCAAAGACCAUCAGCCGCAGUCGAUCCUUAAUUACUUGUGGUCGCUAUAUCAAGGCGGGUAUUUGAAGUUCAUGUGGUUAGCAAAUAAAGAAACUAGACAGAGGGUGUUUGAGGAGCAGUCACAGAUGCUUGAGUCGUUCCGCGCAGAGGUUCUCGGCCCCGAUCGAGACAAAUCGUGGUACCUGUCCGACAUAGGUGCCAUUCCAAGAGGUCGAGGCAAAGGACUGGCUCGACGUUUGAUCGAUUUCGUGACACACAACUACAUUGAUCUGCAUAAGCAGCCAACAGAGGACGGCGACUCGGACCUCGAGGACGACGCCGACCCCGUGCAUUCUGGAUUCGACGCAAACGAGGAAUCGCUACUGGACUCGGAGAUCCAGUCGUAUAAUUUCGACUUUGACUUACAGUCGGAUACAUUUACAGAUUAUUCGGGCUACUCGUCGGCCAGCUCCGACGCGUCGUCGGCCCACUCGUCGUGGUACUACGACGAAGACCGCGAUAUUCUGGCGGAGUACGACCAGCGCAAAAGCAAGGGCAGACAGAUCGGGGCCCCGCUGUACUUGGAAAGCUCGCAUCCUCGCAACAGGAAAAUUUAUCAGAAGCUUGGAUUUACCUACGUUAAGACAGUCAAAGUGGCCGACGUGCUGGAUCGUGAGGGCAAGAUGAGAACGUUGACGCUCGAUCUCAUGGUCCGUGGCAUAAAAGGUGCGAAGUGGCAGCGACAGGACUCGACUUGA